AUGGGCCACGGCAGCCACGCCGCCAGCCCCAAGAACAGCAGCAGUCCCGCCGCCAUGGGCACGGGCAUGGGCAAGGGCAAAUGCAAGAUAUCGAUGCUCUUCAACCUCAACACCAUCGACUCGUGCUUCCUCUCGGACCGCUGGCGCAUCACCUCGGCAGGCAUGUUCGCCGGCUCCUGCAUCGGCGUCUUCCUCCUCACCGUGGCCCUCGAGCUGCUGCGCCGCUCCAUCAAGGAGUACGACCGCUUCCUCGUCAGGCAGCACCUCGCCAAGUUCCAGGCCUCGACCGCCGCCGCCGCCGCCGCCGCCCGCGCCGAGGGCGAGUCGGUCAGCAGCAAGGACGUCGCCGUGGCCGCCCGCGCCUCGUGCGCCGCCGUUCCUCCCCUUCGCCCCAGCGUCCUCCAGCAGGCUGUUCGUGCCUUUUUGCAUCUUCUCCAGUUUACCUGCGCCUACAUCCUCAUGCUGCUCGCCAUGUAUUACAACGGGUACCUCCUCCUCUGCAUCUUCCUCGGCGCCUACUUUGGCGCCUUCAUCUUCCAGUGGGAGAAUCUGCCCCUCGGGGGUCAGCAGACGAGCGCAGCCGAGGAAGCAACAGUCUGUUGCGGCUAG